UAUGUGGGGAUAUAAAAGGCAUCCGGUUCUAUCAGACCGGGCGGAAGCGGAAAGUGACGUCACUAACCACCUGGAGCACCUGUCAGACGCAGUGUUUUUUGCCACGGAGCCACUUCUUGGAAUAAUCUGCCUUUUGACUUUUUUUGGUGUGCUUUCCAUUGGCCUGUGGAGAACCGGGAGAACAGGGACUCUUUCCAGGAGGACUUUGAGUUGGAUGCGCAGUCUCGGUACCGAAGGCCAGUUUGCGGUCCUCAGGCUGCGGAGGAAAGAUGUAACGUGACAUGCUGGACUUCCCGUGGUGGAUCCUGCUCCCUUGGCUUACUCUUGCAGAAGAAACAACUUUGUCAUUGUGCUGUUUAUCAAUCCAAUCCAAUCAGUUGUCAAACCUGCUGAAGGAUGUGAUGGAUUGUCGUUGGAGACGGAAUUUAUCUGGCUUGUAAGAGGCUUCAUCUGCUGGAUAUUACAUGCUUACCUUGGAUCCAACAUAUUGAUAUUAUUCCCUUGGAUAACCUGCUCUGGGCCACUCUUGGGUCUUUGAAGACCGCUUCUCAUUGGAAUCAGGAUUUAUCUGGAUCUUCCCAAUGAAAGACAUGGGUGGACCCCCACAUGCUGGCCUGCGCAAGAAGAGGAAGUCGAGGUCUGAGAGGACUUGUGAAAGGACAUCAAAGUGGAUAAGCAACGAUCACGUCAAGGGUUCCGUCUUUAACUUCUCGUCCGACUCUGAGCGAGAGAGAGGCAGGAAGCCCUCCUCGUCCCGGCCUAAACCGCCACGGAGAAAACGAAAGGAGUCUACUUCUGCAGAGGACGACAUCAUUGAUGGCUUUUCCAUUGUUGGGUUCGUCACAUUGAAGGACAUGGAGAAUAACUUGACCACAGAGGCUCAACAGCGCAGCUCCAACCAGGCUGGACCGUUACACAAAAGCAAGUCUGCCACGGUCUCCAAUGGACUGAUUUUGGAGUGCAAUAUGAACAACAACCAUCAUCAUCAUCAUCAUCAUCAGGCAUCAGACCAGGAGAACACACCUAAUGUGUUUCAUACACGAGGGAAGCGGAAGAAGAAACACCUGAGCAAGAGAAGCACGAAGCUGAAACCGGGACAGAACCAGAGCAAAAACAGCGACAGUGGAGAGUCCAAGCCUUCUAUGAGAAGCAGCUCCAGAGACCGGCUGACAGAUUGAGAGGUCACAGAGCAGCACAGGGUCACGUCGUUCGACGGAUUGAAUGAGAUUAACCCGUGACCCCAUGCAGAGACGAGGCCAGGAUGAGUGGAAUUAGCCAAAGCAGGCAGGUUCCAAGACCCCAUCCAAUUACUGCCUUAUCUCCUGGCCAAAUGAGAUCAAUGUGAGCCAUGAGACCCACUAGGUUGGCAAAGGUGGCAUGAUGAGCUAAACUCCUGCAUAUCCUUGAGAGAACUCUCCUGCAUCCUGACCUUCACUUUGCGUGGC